AUGGACGCUGAAAUUGAAUUACGUAACAAUGAAAAAUUGCUCAAGCAUAAAUUGUAUUCAUGUGAUGUGUGUGAUGAAAAGUUUAAGCAACAACAUUAUUUAAUUGUUCAUAAACGAAUUCAUACUGGAGAAAAACCAUUCUCUUGUGAUGUUUGUGAAAAAAAAUUUAACGGAAAACAACAUUUAGUUGCACAUAAACGAUUACAUACUAGAGAAAAACCAUUCUCUUGUGAUGUUUGUGAAAAAAAAUUUAACGGAAAACAACAUUUAGUUGCACAUAAACGAUUACAUACUGGAAAAAAACCAUUCUCUUGUGAUGUUUGUGAAAAAAAAUUUAACGUAAAACAACAUUUAGUUCGACAUAAACGAUUACAUACUAGAGAAAAACCAUUUUCUUGUGACGUUUGUGAAAAAAAAUUUAACGGAAAACAACAUUUAGUUGCACAUAAACGAUUACAUACUAGAGAAAAACCAUUUUCUUGUGACGUUUGUGAAAAAAAAUUUAACGUAAAACAACAUUUAGUUGCACAUAAACGAUUACAUACUGGAAAAAAACCAUUCUCUUGUGAUGUUUGUGAAAAAAAAUUUAACGUAAAACAACAUUUAGUUCGACAUAAACGAUUACAUACUAGAGAAAAACCAUUUUCUUGUGACGUUUGUGAAAAAAAAUUUAACGGAAAACAACAUUUAGUUGCACAUAAACGAUUACAUACUAGAGAAAAACCAUUUUCUUGUGACGUUUGUGAAAAAAAAUUUAACGGAAAACAACAUUUAGUUGCACAUAAACGAUUACAUACUGGAGAAAAACCAUUUUUUGUACAUAAACGAUUACAUACUGGAGAAAAACCAUUCUCUUGUGACGUUUGUGAUAAAAAAUUUGUUCACUCACAACUUUUAAUUCGACAUAAACGAACACAUACUGGGGCAAAACCAUUUUCAUGUUAUAUUUGUGAAAAAAAAUUUAAACACCAAUGCGUUUUAGUAGCACAUGAACGAAUUCAUACUGGAGAAAAACCAUUCUCUUGUGAUGUUUGUGAGAAAAAAUUUAACAUAAAACAGAAUUUAGUUGUACAUAAACGAAUUCAUACUGGAGAAAAACCAUUCUCUUGUGAUGUUUGUGAAAAAAAAUUUAACGUAAAAGAACAUUUAGUUCGACAUAAACGAUUACAUACUGGAGAAAAACCAUUCUCUUGUGAUGUUUGUGAAAAAAAAUUUAACCAAAAACAACAUUUAGUUGCACAUAAACGAUUACAUACUGGAGAAAAACCAUUCUCUUGUGAUGUUUGUGAAAAAAAAUUUAACGUAAAACAACAUUUAGUUCGACAUAAACGAUUACAUACUGGAGAAAAACCAUUUUCUUGUGACGUUUGUGAAAAAAAAUUUAACGUUAAACAACAUUUAGUUGCACAUAAACGAUUACAUACUGGAAAAAAACCAUUCUCUUGUGAUGUUUGUGAAAAAAAAUUUAACGUAAAACAACAUUUAGUUCGACAUAAACGAUUACAUACUAGAGAAAAACCAUUUUCUUGUGACGUUUGUGAAAAAAAAUUUAACGGAAAACAACAUUUAGUUGCACAUAAACGAUUACAUACUGGAGAAAAACCAUUCUCUUGUGACGUUUGUGAUAAAAAAUUUGUUCACUCACAACUUUUAAUUCGACAUAAACGAACACAUACUGGGGCAAAACCAUUUUCAUGUUAUAUUUGUGAAAAAAAAUUUAAACACCAAUGCGUUUUAGUAGCACAUGAACGAAUUCAUACUGGAGAAAAGCCAUUCUCUUGUGAUGUUUGUGAGAAAAAAUUUAACAUAAAACAGAAUUUAGUUGUACAUAAACGAUUACAUACUGGAGAAAAACCAUUCUCUUGUGAUGUUUGUGAAAAAAAAUUUAACGUAAAACAACAUUUAGUUGUACAUAAACGAUUACAUACUGGAGAAAAACCAUUCUCUUGUGAUGUUUGUGAAAAAAAAUUUAACGUAAAAGAACAUUUAGUUCGACAUAAACGAUUACAUACUGGAGAAAAACCAUUCUCUUGUGAUGUUUGUGAAAAAAAAUUUAACCAAAAACAACAUUUAGUUGCACAUAAACGAUUACAUACUGGAGAAAAACCAUUCUCUUGUGAUGUUUGUGAAAAAAAUACUGGAGAAAAACCAUUCUCUUGUAAUGUUUGUGAAAAAAAAUUUAACGUAAAACAAAAUUUAGUUGUACAUAAACGAUUACAUACUGGAGAAAAACCAUUCUCUUGUGAUGUUUGUGAAAAAAAAUUUAACGGAAAACAACAUUUAGUUGUACAUAAACGAUUACAUACUGGAGAAAAACCAUUCUCUUGUGAUGUUUGUGAAAAAAAAUUUAACGUAAAACAACAUUUAGUUCGACAUAAACGAUUACAUACUGGGAAAGAAUCAUUCUCAUGUGACGAAUGUGAAAGAAAAUUUAACUCAGAACACCAUUUAAUUAAACAUAAACUAAAAAAACAUACUACAGAAAAACCAGCAGCGUGUGAUGGUCAUAAUAAAACAUUUAAGUUUAAGAAGAGUUUAGUAAAACAAAGACUUGUACAUUUAAGACCACCAACACCUCCAUACGUAUGUGAAGAUUGUGACCUAAUUAUUACCAAUCAAAAUGAAUUAAAAGAU